AUGCUUGCUUGGUCAUCAUUGCUCGAACUCAAUCUCGGUGAUGAGUUUGAUGGACCUAUCCUGGCCAACUCACUGCCCAACUCAUUGACCGUUCUGAAGCUUGGCUACAAGUUCAAUCAACCCCUUGUUGUUGGGUCUCUGCCACCAUGUCUCGAGAAGCUUAUCAUUGGCUCAGAGUUCAAACAAACGAUCAAGAUAGGUGUUCUGCCCGAUACACUCCAAUUCCUUAACCUAGGUUAUGAUAACAAGUACCCACAAUACCCUUCCAAUGUGUGCCCUUCAAUCGAAGACGGAGCACUACCUAAUGGUCUCAAGUACGUGGCUCUUGGAGAGUUUUGGUCCUUCCCAUUAGAUCUCCCCUCUUCAAUCACUUGUCUGAAUGUUGGAAGGCUCCUCUCAAUCGAUCCUAGCUCUGGACAAGGCUUGACAUGGUGCAUUGAAAAUGAAUAUGAAGCCAGGCUUGUCAAUGGCGCGGCACAUCUCCCUCUCACAGGCUUAUUCAUAAACCCCAAUACUAAUGGUGGCGACCUGAUCUCACCAGGAAGGUUGCCAAACACACUCAAAUCCUUAUCGCUCGGCCACCUAAACCAUAACAAGCUUGUGGUUGGCUUGCUUCCGCCGUCCUUGACAAUGCUGGACAUGGGAUUCAAUAUCGACUGUCCAAAAACACCUGGACUUUUGCCCAAUGGUCUCCUUCGUCUUCACCUCUCCAGAGAGUUUGAUCGAAAAUUGAAGCCAGGAUGUCUGCCCCAUUCAAUCGUACAUCUCUCCUUUGGACAGUAUUAUGAUCAGAAGAUUGAACGAGGUGUGUUGCCUCCUUCACUUACGAUAUUAAUACUAAGCGAUUUUUUGAUCAUCGUCUCGAUCCUGGCCUUCUUCCUUCAACGCUGA